GAACCCGUCCCCGACCUUUGCCUCCCCACUGAGCUUCUAAACUGCACCAACUGCCUCCCAUACAUCGACAUCCUCAGUCCCAAUGCCAACGAACUCGCCGGCUUCAUGGGCGACACCGGGUCCGAAAUCGACUCCCUCACCAACCAAAUCUCCAAACCCUGGGUCGAGCGCGCCUGCGACCAACUCCUCGGCUCCAUGCCCCUACAAUCCUACGCGUUGGUAGUCCGGUGCGGCGCCCAAGGCUGCUACGUAGCAAAGAAUGGCGGACAUUCGCGUCGUCCGAGCAUGAUGCGGAAGGCGAGACGGCCAGCAAAUCAUGCCAGGGGCGGACUGACGCUUGAUAUGGAUAUGACGGCGCUGUUUGCUGGACUGUUGGAUGAGGAUGGGGAGCUGGUGAGGGAGGAAGAAGUGCCAAUUGAUCCAGGAAUUGAGAAGUGGUUACCUGCUUAUUUUGGAGGAGGGGAGAGUGAGAGGGUGGUUGAUCCGACGGGCGGGGGAAAUGGGUUUCUGGGUGGCCUGGCUAUUGCGCUCGCGAGGGGGAGGGGUGUGGUGGAGGCGAGUGCUUGGGGGAGUGUGGCGGCGAGUUUUAUGAUUGAGCAGGUUGGUGUGCCAGUACUUACCUCUGCUGCUUCUGGUGAAGAGGGUAAUGAGGGAGAAGUGGAGUUGUGGAAUGGUGUUCUUGUGGAGAAAAGGCUGGAGGACUAUUUGAAAAAGAUUGGGUUGUGA